UAAAUUUGACUUUUUAUAGUUUCUAUUUAAUUUUGGCAGAUUUAGGAAAACUUUUAAAAUGAUAAAUUUUACCAUUUUUUAAAUUAUAAAUUACUACUAGUGUAACCGAAAUUAGUUGAAAAUGUGGGUCUUCGGCUACGGUUCCUUAAUUUGGAAGGUCGACUUCGCUUACGAAACUAAAGUUGUAGGUUACAUCAAAGGUUACCUCAGGAGAUUUUAUCAGCACAGCGUAGAUCACAGAGGAGUUCCUGAGAAACCAGGCAGAGUGGUCACUCUAGUACCAAGCUCAGAUCACAACAGCAAAGUGUGGGGAGUAGCCUACAAAAUUAGAGAAGACGACAUAGAGCAAGUUACAAAGCAUUUGGACUUUAGAGAGAAGAAUGGGUAUUCCAAAGAAACUGUGAUAUUCCACCCUAAAGAUGAGCAGGUCGAGCCUUUCAAGUUGACUCUCUAUGUUGCUACAGAGGAAAAUGAAUCUUAUGCAGGACCAGCAUCAAUAGAAGAAAUAGCGAAACAAGUUAUAACAAGUGUAGGUCCAAGUGGGACUAACAAAGAGUAUGUCUACAACCUGGCAGAGGCUAUGAGGACCAUCGCUCCCCAAGUGAAUGAUGACCAUCUGUAUUCCCUUGAAGUGGCUGUGAAGAAGCUAGACCCAGAAUUCAGGAAGUAACCCUGGUUAUUUUGAUAGUACAAUUUGUAUUUAAUUGGUAGAUAGUUAGAUUUUUUAAUUUAAAUUAAAAAAAUAUUAAUGAAUAGUAAGACAAUGCUUAGAAUGUAUCCUCUUAUUCAUAAAAAAGUUAAAAAACACUUUAAGCUAAAGCAAAAAACACGAAACCUUUCUGUCUACAAUCAAAAGUAUGUUUUGUCUUGUUCUUGCAAUGUUAUAGUAAGGUGUAAUUUGUGAUAAAAACAUUUUUUUAGUUCUCUCUUUAACUUUUUUAUGAAUGAUUAGCCUCUUAUUCAUAAAAAAGUUAAAGUGUGAGCUAUUAUAAUUUCCACCUUUGAGUCUGUUGGAAGAUAUUGGUAGCAUUUAUUUAUUUAUUAUGUACACUACAUAACAGUUACUAUGUACUUAUGUUCCUACAAUAUAAAAAAAUAUUUAAAAACAAACAAAAUCAAACGCAUAUUUUGCUGAAAACAUAAAUAUUUAAAUUUUAUACAUCAUAUAUUUUUUUAAUAACAUUUUUUCAUGUGCAGGAAAUGAAAAAAAAAAGGUAAGUACUUACUAAAACUGAAUAAUUUAAAAUAUUUUUUUCCUUAAAUAUUUUAUACUCUAAUGUGUUGGUGUAUAACGAAAGUAUUACAUUUGUAAUUAGUAACCUGUAUGUUAGUAAUCCAGUAACCUGAUGGUUAAUUAUGUUUGUACAUACAUAAUUAUGUCACAUGCAUAUUUUCCUUAUUUAUUCCCAGUGGAUAAAACCACCAUAAAUUGAAGUUUCCCUUUGCUAGUAGAUUUUUAAUGCUAUUUGUAUAUUGCAUCUAGCAAUUCCACCAGCUACGCUCCCCUCGGUCCAUGAGAGAAGUAACUAUCGCGAAAAUUUGUGGAACAAUCAAUAACAACAGUUCGGCCACGUUGCUGUUGUCCGUAAUUGUAGCGCCGCGUGCAGGCGACUUGUGUCAUAGCGCACAGACGAAGUCGCUUAAAACGUUUUACUUGCUCAUUUUUAUUUGCGUCGUAAGCGAUUGCCCUCCAUAAGGUUACAAAUCAGCCAGGCAGCCAGGUAUACGGCAGUUAUGCUGUUAAUCUAUCCGGGGAACAUCACAUGUAUAUUUUAUGUAUAACUUCAUUCUCUUUCAUCUCUGCCAUGCCUAUCAGCUGCCUAGUUUGUUUGUCCCUUAGUCGCCUCGUACGACAUCCACGUGAGGAUCUGGAGUGGUCCUAUUCUAGGGCGGAACCAUACACCUUUAUCGAGUCUUAAGAAGGUGGUAAAACACUUGGAAAUUUUGAAAACAAUUGUUUUCUUUCUUAAAAAUAAACUGCUUAAGCUUCAAACAUUUUGCGAUAACAAGUAGGUACACUUAUGUUUGAAGUCGUCCAAACAUAAUUUAUUUUUGUGUUAAUUUGCAUUUUACAAAAAUGUGUUACGUCAUAUGAUGUAGAAUCCACACGAGAUAAAAUCUUAAUGGAAUUUUAGUUUGAUCAAUCUCAUCAUUUCAACAAUCAGAGCAUAUUUUAUUAUCAUAGCUUUCAAAUGAAUGACGUAUUUAUUGUAUUGUAAAAUAUUAUCCAGGGUCACCUACACUGUAACACACACGUUUCAGUUGCCCAAAGGGAUUUACUACACUUUCCAUCAUGGUUUUCUUGAUAAAUUAUUAUACUUAAUUAAAAAAUACGAAUGUAAUUUGCUCGACUUGAAGUAGGUCAGUCAAGCCAAUAUAUAUUGUAUGUAUAAUAGAUAGAGAUACUUUGGCUCUAGAUUUUAAUAAAAAACAACUACAAUUUUUUUUUAACUACUUGCCGUAGCGGUAUGUCAGGUGUUUUACAGUUUAUCGAUUAAUUGUCUACCUCCCGGACCCGA